UAGGAAUAACUGAUACAGGCAGAUCCUGCUGCAACCUCAGAACAUAAACCACAAGAACUGUAUCACUGGGAAAUACAGCAGGCUCUGAUCAGCUCUACUGAGGAACCACUAUACACAGGGAAAGCACCCUUCACUGCAUGCCGGGGAGCUACUGGGAGGACCAGUAAACUACAAAGGAGAACAGGCAAACCUCUUCAUUAAGAACAUACAACUUUACACCUUCUUCUAGGAUCCAACAUGCAUGACCAAGUGGCUCAGCUGGCUUUUGUAACUGUGGCGGCCGUCCUGGAACAAGCAUACUUCUCCAUGCAAGUCAUAUGGGCUCGCAGAAAGUAUAAGAUCUCUCCACCCAGUACGUCGGGACAUCCAACUUUUGAACGAAUUUUCCGAGCGCAACUAAACUGCACAGAAUAUUUCCCCCUAUUCCUCUCAGUUCUGUGGGUAGCCGGAAUUUUUUUCCACCAGGGAGUCGCUGCUCUCUGUGGCCUGCUCUACCUGUAUGCCCGGUAUCAAUACUUCCAUGGUUACACAAAUUCUGCUCAGGGAAGGCUGAAGCCAAUGUACAUCAGCUCAACGUUCAUCUGGAUUCUCACUGGAUUGUCUCUAUUCGGCCUGCUGGAGUUCUUCUUACGCUCGCAGUUUGGUGUCAGUAUUAAGCAAAGCCUCUUCUGGUGGAUGCUGUGAAACCUGUAUUACGUAUUCAGUACAUUAUAAAAUGUCCAUCAAGUCUAAACUUUCCGAAAUUGACAUUUUGUGGAUCCAGAGAAAGGAAAAGAAAACCUUGGUGUGACCAUGGCCAACUGAACCUCCCCGGGGUGCAGGACGCAGAAUCGGGAACAUUGCGUGGCUCAGUCAUCACGAUUCCAAAUGUCUUUCUCUGUAUCCAUAUUUAUUCCAUUUAAUACAUAAGUAGCCCAUUUUUUUUUUUUACCACAGAUUAGGGGCGUAACACAAAGCUCCACACAGAAGUUCAAUUAUUAUUUUUAUUUAUAGAACAGACCACCGCAGCUCUGUAGUAAGUUAUGUCGUAGACCACUUGUUCCAUUUAUUGAAGUGGUCCACUGCAACCAAUCAGCUACUAGCUAUCAUUUUAUAGAAUGUAUUCAAUAAACAGCAGCUGGAAUCUGAUUGGCCCACUUCUCCACUGGCGCACUUUUCAACUCUUUUCACUGCUUCAUACAUCUUCCCCUCGUGGCUGUCUCUGUCUUUAUCUUGUUUAGGCAUGUUAUACAAUUUCCUGACAUUUCCCCCACUGCCCUUCAAGCGAUUUAGAGUCAGUAGCGCUAAGGGGUGAGGUAUAAUAGAUCUACAGUGUCUAGGCAGACAGUCAAAUCAAUAGGUCGACAUGUAUUAGUUCGACAGGUACAAAAGGUCAACAGAUGAAAGGUCGACAUAUACAAAAGGUCGACAGGGUGAAAAGGUCAUCAUAACAAUGGUCAACACAAAAAUGGUCGACACAUGUUUUUUUGGCAAAAUCUUGUAUAUUUCAUGUUCUGUGACCACCAUCAGUAGAAACGUAUACUCUCCCAGGUUACUGUUCCCAAUCAUAGUGCACAUGGAUAGUAAAUUAAGCAGAUGAUCAGUGAACCAUCAGGGGGAUUGGGAAAAUUCUUCAUGUUAAAAAUCACCGAUUUGCUGAUCCUGACUGUUUUUGGUCAGAAUUGGGGAAUCGAGAUUUUCACUUUGUUGAAUAUCCCCGAAUCUCUGACCCAGGCGUUAGGGGAUCAGGAAAUAAUCAGUUGCAGAUGUAUGGGGGCAUUUACACACACCUUAAUAAAAUUGCAAGUUCCCAUCUCUCUUUAUUACCCCCUCCUCUUGCUGAGAGAGGGGUGGGCAGUCCCACGGCCCCUAGCAAAGGGGGGCUCUGCCACAUCACAUGCAUGUUCACAAUAAGUAAUGCAUUUCCAUAUAAGACAGAGGGGGACAUUUAUCAAAGCUUGGAAAGAGAGAUAAAGUGGAGAGAAACUACCAACCAAUUAGCUGCUGUAACAUGACACUUAGGAGCUGAUUGGCUGGUACUUUACCUCUCUCCAAGCUUUACAUCUCCCCCUGAAUAUGAUGUGGGAACAUGGAAAUUAUUGGAAGAUUAUAGGCAAUUUGUGGUUUGUGUGAUUAUUUAGUAGUAUGUAUUGUGUGUAGUGGUUUGUAGAUUGUGGUAAUGUGUCUGGAUUGUGUUGUUGAUACAUAGUGGAAUAGAUUACAAUGUGAACAAAAAGUGUUUUAGACUGAGCAUUUGCCUGUUUUAGCUAGGAUUGCAGCCUGUCUGGCCUGAAGUAUAUACUCUAUACUGAUAAUGUGAGGUGUCGUGCACAGUGUGAAAUAUGUAAUAAGCUAUAAUAGUACUGUAUAGAUAUGAUCUCAGGAUACUUGUGGCUUCUGGAGACUGAGAAUCUGUACACAGACACUGGUGUUUGUUAAUAAUAAAUUAUUAGAUCUGUGGUAAACUGGUUUACAAGAUGGGAGUUUUUUGUUUUUUUACCAAAGAUGGUGGCCACCACGUAUAACAUGGCAUAAGAUGGUGGCCACCAUGUAUAACAUGGCAUAAGAUGGUGGCCACCAUGUAUAACAUGGCAUAAGGGAGGUAGCCCCUCUGUACUUACUGGCUGGGUCACAUUUGCACACAAUAGGUAGUAGCGUGAACAUACUGUAGAUCGCACAUGAUGUCUGUACACACAUUUCCAGUAGGCAGUAGAGACACUUUACACAAUGCAUUAGGCCAAGUGCAUAUUUUUGCCCUUAUGCAGAGUUGUAUGUACCUCGGAGGCUGGACUACCCCUAUACAUACAAGUCAUGAUUAUCAGGGGGCACUAGCACCAACUGUAUCCUUGGUGCAAAAUAUCUAUCUAAAACAGGUAUACAGUAUGCCCUCACAGAACUUCAGCCUUGUUACACUUAAGGGCCCUACACACUGGCCGAUAACACUAAAUGAUAUGAACGUUCUCGUUCAAAAAUGAACGAUAACUUGUUUAAAAAUGAACGAGAACUCGUUCAUAUCGUUCAGUGUGGAGGCACCAAUGAUGAACGAUGCGCGGCCCCGCGCCUCGUUCAUCGUUGGUGCCCCGUCGCUUGUGCAUGCAGGCCAAUAUGGACGAUCUCGUCCAUAUUUGCAUGCACUGCUAUGGAGCCGGGUGACGGGGGGAGUGAAGAAACUUCACUCCCCCCCCCCCCCCCCCCGCCGUCGGGUCGCCCGUCUGCCUUAUCGGCGGUAGGGCAGCUCGGUGGCUGAUCGCCCAGUCUGUAGGGCCCAUUAGUCACAAGUGGAGAUGUGCCUGGGAUGCAUACAGCUUUGAAUUGCCCCUAGUUGUGUGCGCUUGGUUCCGGAGCAUGCCCAGUGCGUAAAAAAAUAAAAAAAGCCAUAUAUGCUCUGCAAACAGACUUACAUUCCAUUCUGCAGCAAUCCCAGAGAAGAAAAGAGAAGAGACUACAAUAUGUAUUGUACUACAUAGUAAUGUUUAUAUUGGAGACAGUUAUUGAGCAUGUGAUUUAAAUAACCAUUAACUGGUCAAUAGUAUAUCUGCUUCACUAUCAUACAGCCCUCUAUACUAUAACUGCACCUCCUCCUGAAUCAGACAAGUACCACUUAAUGGGUUGCAUAGACUAUUUGUUCACAAUGUAUUGCCUGGUAUUUUUUUGAUCUUUUGUUAGUGCAGGCAGAUACAAACAAAAAGUUUAGAAAUGUAAGUUUGCUCUAUUUUCUACAAUUUGUUUCCCAAAUAUCAUUUAGUGGCCUGAAAUUUAAGUUUUGUUUUUCUUGCUGUUUAUGUACGUGAAAAACAUUUUGGUCGUAAACUUAUUACAAUGGGGUAUAUUCAAUUGAAGUAAAAAACUGCCGUCUGUCAAAAAGAGGGCAGUUUUCGACUUUUUAAGGUCGAAUCCUGAUUUGACCUAUUCAAUAUAUCCCUAAAUUUCGUCGAUGAAUUCAACUUGUCAAAAAGCACGUGGAUCGGCGGAAUAGCUGCCGAUCCACGUGCUUGUGGCGAAAACGGGGCCAAAACAGACAGGUUUUGGCUCCCUUUUCGACCAUCUCAGUCCGGACUGAGAUGCGGAACCUUAGUGGAGGACAGGUGGAAGAGCCGUGGGGAGAGCUGCG